AAAGCAGGUCCAACUCUGGGUCUAGUUUUGCGUAUCUUAAGGCAUUUCGUAUCAUACCGCCAUGCUGCCAUUUUCGUUGUGUUCGGUACUGCACUGUUGGUGUUGUGGCAGUCGACCGUUCUGUUCACUAACGGUUUCACUCAUUUCUUUACGCCGCGAAGGAUCGAUGCAGUAGCUGCCCAAAUCAAAAGGAGACCUCACAUCGUAUUCAUCCUGGCAGAUGACUAUGGGUGGAACGACAUUGGAUACCAUGAUUCAUUUAUACAAACUCCAAACCUUGACAGGCUGGCAUCAGAGGGAGUGAAGUUGGAGAAUUACUAUGUGCAGCCAAUAUGUAGUCCGUCAAGAGAACAACUUAUGACGGGUAGAUAUCAGAUUCGCUAUGGAUUACAGCAUAGUGUUAUCACGCACGACCGCCCCCAUGGUCUCCCGUUGGAUGAAGUAACACUGGCACAGAAACUAAAGGACAGCGGUUAUUCAACCUACAUUGUCGGCAAAUGGCAUCUGGGUUUCUUUGAAAAAGGAUAUCUACCCCUGGCGCGAGGCUUUGAUAGAUUUUACGGUUUCUUAACAGGUGGGGAAGACUACUGGUCUCAUAGAAGGCCUAAUAUCUAUUCAAAGGACCCUUCAGAGUAUCGAGGGUUGGAUCUACGUGUCCAGGAUGAACCUGUUCUGGAUCAAAAUGGAACAUAUUCAACACAUUUAUUCGCUUCAAAGGCCGCUGAGAUUAUUGGUCAUCAUGACCAAAACAAGCCUAUGUUUCUAUAUUUAUCCUUUCAAGCAGUGCAUGCACCUCUUCAAGUACCAGACGUGUAUGUUGAAAGGUACAAGAAUUUUGGGAGCAUUUCUGUACAAAAGUAUGCUGCCAUGGUGACAGCUAUGGACGAGGCAGUUGGAAAUGUGACAAAUGCUCUAAAAGUUACUGGGCUCUGGGACAACACUGUACUAAUAUUUUCCACUGACAAUGGUGCAAGAAGAGGUGCCGGUAGUAACUGGCCAUUAAGAGGCUGGAAGAAUACGUUAUGGGAGGGAGGAAUACGUGGUGUCUGUUUUGUAACCAGCAAGCUUCUUGAAAUAAAAAGAAGGACAAGCAACGCCCUCAUCCACAUCUCUGACUGGUUCCCUACACUUGUUCAUAUUUCACAAGGAUCCACUUACGACACGAAGCCUUUAGAUGGCUUUGAUGUGUGGAAUUCUAUAAGCAAGGGAACACCUUCUCCGAGAAAGGAGAUACUUCACAACAUUGACCCUUUGAAAUGUUCAAAGGGAUUUUCCUGUUCAAGCUCUGGAAAUGACAGCGUUUUUAACACCCUUACGUAUGCUGCUAUCCGAUCAAGAGACUGGAAGUUAUUGACAGGAUAUCAAGACCGUGGUGGAUGGAAACACCGAGAAACAUUUGGCAAUCACUUUGAAAAACCGGAUGACCCUCCUGACAAACAUCUUUGGCUGUUUAAUAUCCGCAACGACCCUCAGGAGAGAACAGAUCUUUCUACAAGGUGCCGAUGUCGGCUGCAUAGGUAAUGUAUGCUGUUAUGGAGUUCAGGUGCAGGUAUUGCAUGUAUGGUUGGAGUUCAGGUGCCGAUGUCAGCUGCGC